AUGACACAACAGCAGACUAGAUCGCCAGCUGCUACAAGGACAACCGCCAAUGCAACUCCCAAAAGACCUCUAGCUACCCCUCGAAAGUCACUGCCUCUAGCUGGUUCGAGCUUGACAACGCCUUCACCAAUCACCAAACCUCAGCCGAGACGUUCUCUCCCUGACAAACAGCAGCCGAGCCCAAAAUCGACCUUGAAAAUAGCUACGAACGGUAGAAGUACCCCUAAAGCAGGUCCUUCAACUCCUCGGUCUUUGACUCCAAAGGCUACAGCUAGACCAUCCCCAGCUAGGAUCCCUUCACCUCUUCGUCAAUCGCCCGCUAAGAUAGCUUCACCAGAGGAGGCUUCCCUCUCCUCGGAAUCCUGGGUCGCCGAUCAACCUCUGGGUCCUAAUGGUUUUCCAGAGAUCUUUAGCGAGCCUACCAACUGGGAUGACCCUAUCACGGAGGAGAAUUGGGAAUUGAGGACAGAAACCGUCAAUGGGAUUGAAGAUGGGGAUUCCCCAUACGCUACUUUGGAAACUCACUAUCUCCGGCAGAUAACCCACUACAAAAACCUGCUCGUCAAAUCCCAAUCAGCCUCUUCAACAUCGCUCCAUGAUUUACAUAGUCAAUUACACUAUUUGCAAAAGCAGUAUCACGAGUUAGAAGCGGAACACGCAAGAUGCAGUGCAGCAGACAGAUCCAAAAGGGGCCAAGAGGAAUUUGAGAAACGAGCUGUGGAUAGUGUUAGAAAUGAUCUGGCUGGAACAUUGAGAAGUAUGGAUAGGGAUGAAAGGAUCAGAAUGUUAGGUUUAGUAGCUGAAGCAUGUCAUCCUUCCGAUAUAAACGCGCAGAUAGCUAUCCUUGAGAAGUACAGGAGAUCAAGGUUCGAUAUCUUGUCUCGGACUGAUGAAGCUCUUCAAGUAAGGAUACUGGGGUUAUUGGACGUCAAGGAUAUCCUUACUCUUAGGACGGUGUCCAAGCGGUAUAGAUACAUCACGCAGAAUGACUCGUUGUGGAAAAUGCUAUGUAGGCAACUUGAAUGGAGAGAUUGGGAUGGUGAAGCUGGCUUGAUACAUCUCGAGGAUAUACCUGAAGGAGGAUGGGAAGAAUUGUAUCAAGAUCUCUGGAAACGGGAAAGGAACUGGAACACAGGAAUGGCUCAAAAAGUGUUUUUGCUGAAGGGACAUACAAACUAUGUCACCUCACUUCGUCUUCGCGGAGAUGUUUUGAUCAGUGGAUCAUACGAUGAGACCAUACGGAUAUGGCAUCUCCCUCCUCUGCUCACUCUGACGCCCUCUUCGAUUCCUCAACCGCUAGUGAUACCUGCGAAGUCGGUUUCGUGUCUUGACUAUUACCCUCCGGAGGACGUUUUCGUUGCAGGGUACCAUGACAUCGGUCGAGUACAAGUAUGGAAGAAGAAAGGAGAGGAGUGGCAUCUACUGAAUACCUUAUCUGGACAUCUGCACGGGAUCAGAGCAGUAGCACUCAACGAGGAUUAUCUGGUAUCUGCAGGAGCGGACAAAGCCCUAGUCAUCUGGUCAUGGAGAACGGGAGAGAAGAUAGUACGAUUUGGUCAACAAACGAAUAUAUGUGUUGGUAUUCAACUCAUUAACGAUUAUAUCGUUUCUGUCACGGUCGACGGGAUCAUUAGGAUAUUCAGUAUCAGGAAGAGAGAGAUGUUGGCUCAGUUCAAGAUAUCAGAUCUUGGUAGGACUGUUGGUGGUGGGACGAAAGAAAAGGAAUGGAAGUUGAAAUUGAAAGAUGUGGGCGGUGGAGUAGGCGGAAUAGGUAUGAUUAACUGGUUUGAAGGUCAAGGCAAGUGGAUGACUUGUGCCACAAGGGAAAUGAUCAUUCGUCUAGCAUGGGACGAAAUUGAGGAGGUGAUACCUCUCGCCACUCCAACAACUCGACCUUCUAGUCCUGCGACCCCGUCCCCAGCCAAAGGAAGGAUUCGGACCGUAUCCUCGGCUUCUAGGGCAUUACCGAUGGCGUCUACACCUACCAAGACCCCAAAUCACCUCAGACAGCGUACCGCUUCCGGAUCUACGCCUACAUUAAGUGUCAAAAGGUCUACACCCAGCUUGACAUCCGCGGCGAUGUCACCAAGCCUAUCAUCACCUGCUUCGAGAUUGGCAAACCUCACCUCACCUGCAAAAGCUGCGACUCGAUCAUUAUCUGGUACAGCGACCCCGUCUCCACUCCGAAGUAAAGGGGUUGCCAAUCUCGACAGAUCUUCCAGUCCAAUCACGCAAUCAUCUUCCCCUAGAAAACCCGUCAUAUCAUCCCGACGGACUUCUUUGGCCUCUGGUACUCCUGUCCCUGAGGAGGAAGAGAUGAAGCCGAAGGAAGGGAGGAAGAGGAUCAUACCCCUACUGACUAAAGCACCUAAGAUCCUCGAGCUUAUUCAUGCUCCUGACGUAGAGAAAGGUGCCAUAGACGCUAGGAGGACUAGAGUGGUCACUUCCACUAGAUUCGCAGCUAGAUCAGGAGCUGAUAGACAACUUUAUGUCGGUGUGCCAGGUCAGUCUGACCAAGGUGGACAAGAUGGAGGGACAGAUAUGAUACCUGUGACUGGAGCCUGGAGAGAUAAAUCGGAGGUAUUAAAUUUACAGACUCCAGGAAAGAAUCCUAUGAGUUUAGUAUUGGAUCGAGAGAAGUUCGUUUACGGGUGUACGGAUGGAAGUAUCGUGGUAGUGGGGUUUCUGGGACAUGAUUAUUUGGCAGAAACUCACCACGAGGCGGAAUAG